AUGAAUAACAAUAGUAACAAUAGUAACAAUAUAAAUAAUAUCAAUAAUAUCCACCAAUCAAUUGAUUUAUCAUCACCAAUUUUAUCAAAAAUAACUGCUGAUAUUAAUAAUAACAAUAAUAAUAAUACACACAAUUUUAACAACAACAAUAACAAUAAUAAAAAUAACUAUCUAUUAAGACCACUGGGUGAAAAUAAUAAUGAAUAUAAAAUCCUAGAAGACCCAUCUAAUUGUAAUGGUUUAUUUCAGUUAUUUAAAGAGACAGUAAAAUAUUAUCAUUGUUAUAAUAAUAAAUCAAAUCAAUUAGUUUUUUUCUCACUAAUAGGAAGCCAAUCAUUCAAUUUGAAUAUAGAAUCAAGUGACCAAGAUUUUUUUGGGGUUUACAAAGCAGAUAUCGAUGAUAUUUUAUCAUUUCAAUCAUAUUAUUAUAAUAGAAUACCAAUUCAAACAUUUCGAAACAAUAAUAAAAACAACACUUUAAAUAAGGAUAAAGAUAAAGAUAAUAUAAUCAAUCCCACGGAAUCAAUAAUUCAUUUAAAACCAGAUAUCACUAUUCAUGAAAUACGUUAUUAUUUUAAAUUACUAUUAUUGGGAAAUCCUAAAAUAAUAGAACCAUUAUUUAUAGAUAAAUAUUGUAUAAAAACAGAUGAAUGGUUAGAAAUUAUUAAAAAUAGAAAAGAGUUUAUAAAUUUAACAAGUUUAGAACAUUUUUACUCAACGAUAAAGGUUCUUUAUUUCGGUAUCAAACAUAUUAACGAUGAGAUAAAUAAAUCACAGGAUCAACAACAAAAAACACUAAAUGAUAGAAAGAGUAUAUUUAAAAAAUCAUACCAUUUAAUAAGGUUACUGUAUGAAAUGGACGAUAUUAUUGCAGGAAAUAAUUUAACCAUAUGGCUACCAAGUGAUUCAGAUAGAAGGAAACUUCUUUACACAAUUAGGGCAGGGGAGGAAAUUGAUGAACAAAGUUGCUUCGAAUUGGUAGAUAAAAGAUUCAAACAGUUUGAAAAGGACUAUAAUAAACUAAAAGAAGAUAUUGAAAGGGGUACAAAUAAAUCAUUCAUCAAAGAACCCAUUAAAGGAUUAGAUGUAUUAAAUCAAAUCCUAGUUAAAUAUAGAAGAAGAGAUAUUGAGGUUUGCAGACCAUUUCCACAAUUUAGCUUCAACAAUGUAAAUACAAAUGCUGAUAGUACAAUUUAUUCAACUGCCAUGGAUGUUAUGAAUAAAAAUAAAAUUAAGGGUACCUUGCUCUAUUUUGGACCUUCAGGUAGUAGCUUGCACAACUUACAAGAUGAUAGCAAUGCUAAUAACAUUCAAGAUUGGGUAGGUAUUUACGCUGCCCCAACUGAUGAAAUUGUUUCUUUGUUUCCCCCACCUUUAAAACAUGACUGCAGUGGUUAUAUCUUACAAUCUGAUGAGCAUAUAGGUUUAAAUUUAGCACCAGCACCAAACAGACAAAACCAGCAAUUCAAAAAAGACACAUUCUCAAAAGGAAUUACUCUAUAUGAAAUAAAGUAUGCACUUCAACUAAUUGUAAAUGGCUCAUAUCGUUUAUUGGAAUGUAUUUUUGCAUCAUCACACGAAAUUCAAGCAAAACACCCACUUCAAGACAAAUUCUAUAUAAGCGAUGCUUGGAAGGAGCUUAUCGAAGAUAACACCACUUCAAUAUUUGGUAAAAAUGAUUUAGCCAAAUACUCAAACUCCAAUCUAUUACAACAAUUAUGGGGCCUUUCUAAAUCAUGCAAUUCAAAUUGUUCUAAAUUUAAAAAAAUGAAAAGUCAAUUAGCCACCAAUCAGCUCAACCAAUUAAUCGAUACCUCUUACUCAAGAAACCUGUUCUUUUCAUUCCAUCUAUUGCUCGAAUGUAAAAGAAUAUUAAAUGAAGAGCUUCCCAUGAUAUACAUUGACAAAGAUUCAGAGAACCAUCAAUUUUUAAUGAAAUUAAAAAACAAUCAAGUUACCAUCGACGAAAUAGAACCAUUAAUCAACGAAAACAACAAACAAUUGGAUGAAAUAAAAAAGAAAUUGGAUCUUUUAAAAUUAUCUCAAAGAACAGAUAUAUUAGAAUUUCAAACUAUUCAAUCAUUCAAUAAUUGGUAUAAUAAAGUUAGAAAAUCAUUGUAA